GAUUCGUGGCCCGUCUACCCAAAUCUUAGCGUGUGCCCUUACCCUGACUGGGCUUCUACGAUAUACAGGACAGUGAACUAUUCAGCUUAUAUUUCACUCUAUCUGGCCUUCUCGGCUACAGCACUUUGUUUGAGUCCCCUUAGAACAAGUCUGUCCAACUGGAGGCCCACGGGUAAUAAGUUGGACACCACUCCCUUUACUGUAUAUCCCCAUAGCUCUUAUGAUCCAGUCAGUUUAUUCUCUGGAAACACCAUAGUAUGUCUGCAUGGCAACCUAUGCUGCAUUUCUUAUAUACAGCAGUUCCAUGUCAGGUCUGCCUUUGGCUGUCCACUCCUAAGGGGAACUUGCUGGUAUUUUAGGGUUUGGUGGUACUUAUAUGGUUACUGGGGAGACUGUAAUUAAAGCAGUGGAAAUGUAAAUCUACUAGCUUUUGACACAUUCCAUAUUAAAGAGACUGCCUCCUCGCCGGCUUCCGUAAUCAAGUAACCGUGGAGACGGGACGCAUUCCAUAGACUCGCGUCGGGUUCUACAAUGGACUGCACCAUGUUGUUGAACCCGCUGGCUGUGGAAAAGGAGAGGCCCGUGGUAGAGCCAGCGUCAUGCGAAGAGUCCCUGUGGGAGAGUGAGCGAUUAUCCCAGGUACCUUUCCGGGUUUUUAGAGGACAUAAAGGCGCUGUGAACUCCUGUCAUUUUUGCUUUGAGGAUACAAAAAUAUUAUCAUGCUCACAUGACGCAACAGCAAGACUUUGGGAUGUUUCCAGAUGUGAUCCCGUGCAUGUAUUUGGAGAUGAACACCAGGCUCCCAUUUCUGAAUGUAAUCUUACCUCUGAUAACAAAAGGAUGGUGACAUCAUCUUAUGAUAAAACCAUAAAGUUGUGGGACAUGGAGUGUGGCCAAGUGAUUUGGUCUGUUAGCCUGGAAGGCCUUGUCAACUCAUGUAAUAUUUCUUCUGAUGGAAAGCUUGUACUCUGUGCUUUGGAUGUGGAAAACUCUUUGUAUAUCAUCGAUUCUGCAACAGCCUCAAAGGUUGCAUUUAUAAAAGAUCAGCACCUGAGCACCAUAACAAGAUGCUGCUUUGAUCCAGAGAUUCAGAGAGUGUGUUCAGUAUCCUCUGACAGAACUAUAAAGCUAUGGGAUAUUAAAGCUCAGCAUGCCACCAUUACAAUAAGAAAUGCACACUCCAAUGUCAUUUCAGACUGCAACUUUACUUCGAAUGGCCAUUUUUUAUGCACAGCAUCUUGGGACAAAAGUUUAAAACUCUGGGAUAUCAAUGCUGGACAGUUUCGCCAUCACCGACCUGAUGUUCUUCAUAAAGUGCAUAAAGGAUCUGUUAGUUCCUGUGCAUUUUCAGAUGACAUGUCUGUCAUUGUAUCUGGUGGCUAUGACAAAGCUGUAGUCCUCUGGGAUGUAAUUGCAGCAUCUAAGAAACUCGUCUUAAAGGGGCAUGAAGAUUGGGUGCUGGAUGUGUCACUGAGCUCCAACAAGAAGUGGAUUGUUUCUUCCUCAAAGGACUCUACUCUGAGAUUGUGGAAUAUAGAAAACUAUGAAAAGAUUCCUGCAGUUACAGAAAACUUCAGAGCAUGUGGUUCAGCAGUGGCUCAGUGUGAAGAAUGUAAGAAGCCAUUUUCUAUCAUGAACUGGGAUAAUCCUGACUUGCUGAACAGAUGUGUUUUCUGCCGCCUUGCAUCACCUUCAAGAACUCUGUGUCCUUUACCCUCCAUCCCAGAUCCUGAAGACUAAACUAAGCAAAUCACGGGAAACUUAUAGAAAAUCCAGCUGAAAGAAAGGCUGCAUUCAUUGGCCUUGGGCAGAACUGCAUAGGGCUGUGAUGUUACGUAUUCACUGUAUUAGCAGUGAACAAAUACUAAUACAGUAGAACACCCAUUUUACGUUUUCCAGGGGACCAGAAAAAAAAUGGUGUAAAAUCCAGGAGAAUGUAAAAUCAGGGAAAUGUAUAAUGCAUAAUAUAUAGGUGGGACCAGAAAACAACAUUAUAAAAUAAGGGAAAACUUAAAAUCAAGGGAUGUAAAAUUGAGGUUUCACUCUAUCAUGAAUUGAAAAAAAGAAGCGUAAAUUCAAAAAUGCUCUACUCUGUGCCCCCCUGGGAAUUCAAUCACAAACGUGUUUCAGCCUAGGCAACGUUAGCAGUUAAAUUAAUUUGGGGGGCUAACCUACUUGCCACUCCAAGUGAAUUAUGUAGACCUUUACUAAGACCAAGAAACUUCUGUCUAUACAACUGGAGAAUGCUCAUGUAUCAUAAAUGAUUUCUACAUUAA